AAGCGUUCUGUGAACAAAAGACUGAAAAGAAGUGUUGUCCGUGUCUUUGCUACAAAAUCAUUUGAUGUUUUGACUUUGUGGUUUUGAUGAGAAGGUGAGUUGUACUGCACUUGAAUUGGCAUAAACUUUACUUUAUAAACUGCUAGUUAGAAGAAAAGAACCUGUAGAUAUUUUAUACAUACAUUACAGUUUCAACAGUAUGUGAAAGUGCCCACAUUUUGCCCACAUUUGAUUGCGUGCAGAUUUGUAUAUUUAUUUGCGAACGUUUUAAGUUGAAGUUGUAUUGUUGAUAUAUGUAGUUAUUGCGGGAAAGUACGACGUAUAAAAUCAAUGCGAAGUAUGAAACGAUAGCUACAGGAAGAAAUGUUCAAUAUUUAGGAAAACCAAAGAUGGCAAAAUACUGAUAUUUCCUGAGAUUUUUGGAGCCCGGAAUCAGUCUCUUUCGCUUUGUGCGCAACGCCGCACCAGAUGCAAAAUUUGCCAAAAUUAGGUAGUAUUCAACCAGAUUUGAGAUGCACAAAUUAUGAUUCCUCCCAAAUGGUCCAAAUGGUAAUAUUAAAAGAAAAUUUUGCAGAAGUGCAUGGAGUUAAUUUAUUUUAUAUUAUAUAAAGUAUAGUGCUUUAUAGAGAUUUCGAGCACUGAUAAAAGUGAUAAUCUCACAUGUGAGAUUAUUUAUGAUAUAAUGUAUCGAUCAAUUUGAAACUUCACCAUCCCCUCCCCCCCCCCGGGCAUACCCCGGGAAUUUGACUUCAAGUCUUCUCCAGGGAGUAGGGAAUUUGACCUUCUGGGUCUUCCAUGUGGUGGGGCAUUUGAUAACAGGGUGGGGAAUUUGAACCGGAAGUCUUAAAAUUUUGCCUGUUUUCGUGUGCUUCCUGCAUGCACAGAAAAUACUUCGCAUUGGCGGCAAAUACAGUUUUCUCAGAUUUCGAAGGGAAUGGCCUCAAUUUUGUGAAAAACUGGCUCAACGAAACGGGCAUGGAAAACCUAUGUGCUUCAUUUGAAGGUAUGUACUACAAAAUUGUGUAAAACUGUUAAAUUUCCACAAGGUAUCCAAACUUUUUACGUGAAUUUCACUAUCUUGUCGAAAAACAUUCCGUAUAUUUUGUACUUUUUGUAUUUACUGUUUCAUAAUUUUCAUAUGAAGGUGGGGCAUUUGAACGCUUAAUUUCUUGUUACAGGGGGGCAUAUGAAGACAUUUUUUGCACAGGGGGUGGAGAAUUUGAUCAGUCAAAUUUCAAAAAGUUCAAAUUCCCGGGUUCGGCCGGGGGGGGGAUGGUGAAGUUUCGAAUUGAUCGAUACAUAAAUCUCACAUGUGAAAAUUAUCGCCUUUCAUUUAUCGCUUUUCUGUAAAAAUUAUCGGUUUUCAAAGACUGUCCUUUAUAUAAUAAACAAAAAAAUACAUGGGUGCUUGGAAAUACCAGAUUUAUUUCUCGUGUUGAACAUGAUAUAUCUCACUUGUUCGCUGCGCUCACUCGUGAGAUAUCAUGUUCAACACUCAUAAUAAAUCUGGUAUUAACGCGCACCCAUGUAUUAUUCUCUAUUUAUUUUUUAUUUUACAAGAUUUGCCACACACAAACAUAUUGUAAAUAUUACUAUAAACUAAACCAUCACACAAUAUUACAUAAUUCACAUAACAGCACAGGUAGGGACUGACCACAGAGACAUAUAUCAGAUAAUCUCCAACAAUGGGAUCCCGACUGGUUUAUACUAUGCCAAUUGUUUAUACUGCAAGUCAAUGUCUGGUCACAGAAUAGAUCGACACACAAAGACUCAGGCAAACAGGUGUAACUGCUGCCAUGCAUGCCAUGAUUCGAUCCCAAUGAUUUGUCAUCAAAAUGCACUUGUCAUGUUUGUAGACAGUGCUACUUAUGAGAGAUAUUCACCCCCCCUGAAAGUCGGGGGUAAAUGUGACAGCAUUGCAGCAGUUAUGCCAAAAGCAUAGGCAAAGAUAAGUCAACCUUACAAAUUUAUAGUCUUCAAGUCAUCAUUACCCUUUAUUUGGAUUAAAAUUCUAUAUUUCUUUUCAAUAAAAUACACACACUUAGUAUUCUUAUCUGUAUUAAAAUAAGUGGUCAAAACUACAAUCGAUAUGCCGUUAUUAUUAAUUAAGCAUGGCAUACAACAUCCUUGACUUAUUUGAUUAAUAAAAAAUAUGUGGCAGAGAUUGAGUGGCACCGAUUCCAGCCUGGAUUAAAUUGCCUUGCAGUGUAAACACACAGAGCUUUAAAGUUGGUGAAAUUCAGUGAAGUUCAUUAAGCUGCAUUUGAUUAAAUUAAGCAAAUUUAUCAAUUAAAUAAAUUAUCUAACGAUCAGUGGUGUAAGGCGUAAAAAAAAAUACCUGUGGUUCCGGUUCCCGACCGACCCUAUUUUUUUCUGCCGACCCUAUUAUUUUUUCAACGCGAUUGACCUACCGACCCUAUUUUCUCCAGGUGGUUGCGGGCUGCCCAUACAGCGUGCCAAAAUGGCGUCUGUUGUUACACUAAUUAUUGAACCGAAUUGCCUAAAUCCGUCCAUAGGAAAUAUGCAUCUCUAGUUAAUAUUGAUGUCGGGACUCUACUGCAAAUUGCCCAGCAAAAACCAGCCAAAACCAGGUAUUUUUUUUACGCCUAACUUUACUUUUUUGACCAAGUUGCCCUCUGAGGGCAAGUUGGACAUGAAAAUUAGUUUCCCUGAAUAAAAUUCACUUGCCAUCAGACAAUGGCCAUUGAGGUACAGUAGGUGGGGGGUAUACAUUAAAGGGACAACAUGUCGACCUGUUCUCCCACUGCUCUAUAUGGCUAUAAUAUGUUAUACUGUCUGAACAAGUGUUAUUAAAAGUUACACACUUACACCUCUGAACAAUCAUUCUUCUGGGCCAAUGAUGUAAUUUAAUGUAAUUUAGCUCUUUUGAAUUAUCUAUAUCUCCAAGCUUCUUAUGCAAAUUUUUAUCUUUAAAUGUAAUAAUUGUUUAGCUAUUUAAUUUCUAAAUUGAUUAUUUAAUUAAUAUGGCAUUUGUUUGAUGUGCCACAAGAAACACUUUUAACUUGCACAUUUAUUAUGCUGUUGAUGAAGGGUCUUUAUUUAGUCUUAGACUUCCUGCCCUAUUAUGUAUAGUUGCAAAUAUUUAGAAAGUGUCAAUUAAUGUUGCAGACUUAAUAGAUGAUGCUAUUCAAUUGUGUUUUUAGCUAUAGUUACAAUGGCUGAAUCACUUCGAUAUAAAUUUGAGGAACAUUUGACUUGCUCUGUUUGUUUGGAACCAUUUAAAGAUCCCAAAGUUUUACCUUGUCUUCAUUCAUAUUGUCAUGUGUGCAUUGUAAAACUGGCCAAAAAUGCAAAUUCCAAUACUAUCAACUGUCCUGAUUGUCGAUUGGCAGUAGAGGUAAGAAAAAUUAACAGUUUCCAGCAGCCUACAUACUUUAUUACAACUGCUGACUUUAUCAUUUUACUUUGUCUAAACCAAAAUGGUUUUACUCAUCAAUCAAGGGAGAUAGCAUCCUUAAUUAUCAGGCGGUAACCGGUAAAAUUUACCGUUUCCACAACCACUGAUUACCACCUGGAGAAGGCUAGAGUUUGUGUACAUUUGUUAAGAAAUAGUAAUAGUAAUACGGUGUGCAAAAAUCCUAUAAUCAAUCUACAGUGGCGAAGCCAGCCCGACGAUUCAGUCCUGUUAUGCAAAUAUUGCCAUGUUCAUGAAAAAGUGCGACAGAAAUUGGAAAAAGUGCUACGAAAGCAACUGACAGUCUGUAAUGUUAUAAUGUCCGGAAGAAUUUUUUACCUAAAAAGUUGUCGAUGGGGGGGGGAAUUGACUUGACGCUUAUACAGUACCUGUUUUUCUGUUUUACCUGUUCCACUUAAAACGGUGGAGAACCCUGGGGAGAGUCAGCUGGUGAUCAAUGGGUUAAAUGGUUAAUAUGUAAAAAUGUAAGGAAACAUGGACCUCAGAGAACUAAAAAUGAUAUUUUUAUAAUGUUAAUUCUCCAUGAAGCCCCUUUCGAAUUAACACACCCUCUUUAUAUUUAAACCCAUUAAUUAAGUUGCAUUAGUGCAAUUUUGCGGCCUACAGUACUUUACUAUUUUACUCUCUCUAACACCCAUCGGCCUACGGGAGUGGAAAAAUUAGGCAGAACAAAAUUUGUUCGACUUUUGCAUUUUGCCUGACCAAUCGAAUUCCCUGCUAAGCUUUGGAAACUUUUGAAAUGCUAAAAAUGUUUCGCCACAUUGCCCUAUUUUCUUGCAUUUUUUACUAUUAUCUUACAUAUUUCUUGUUUGUCAGUUUAUUUUCCCCACUUUUUCCCGACUUACGUUCAAGAUUUGCCCAACUCAUUGACAUUUCAAUUUUUAUGGGGGGCUGCUGCCCCCCCUAUGCUAACAUCAGACGAUUUAACUCACUCAAGAGAGAGCACUAGCUGGCACUCAAUGGAUUAGUUAGACUAUCUGCCCAUGUGUCUACUUAAUCCUUCAAGUUGCAAUGUGCACAGCCUAAUGUGUCUUACCUACUAUAUUAUUUACUCUCUUUCUAAUGGCAGACAAUUUUACUUGUCAAUUAAUUUCCCUUGUUCGUGUUAUCAUGAUCUCAUUUCGCUCAUUCACAAUAAUGAUAAAUCAUAUUUGUCAACUGUAUUUGAUGCUACAGUAAAUACAUUGUAUGCCGGCUUUGGUGCAACAAAACUUUUCUGAAUUAUUAUAUUACAACUUUAGUAUUUUAGAAAUUUAGGGUUGUUUGAAGGAAACACCGUCCAUUUUUCAUUUUUAAGUUUUUGGGACAAACAUUGAUUAAACAGUAAUUGCAUAAAAGUUCACUGAUCAGAUAACUGUCAUAUGCUGCAUUUGUUGUACAGCUUAUUGGUUGAUAUACCGGUAUUUGGCAAGUGAAAUUGUGUCUCUAUUCUGCGGGUCGUAAUACGACAUGGGUCACACACGUAAAGACGCACAACAUACAACAAACCUAAAGCAUGCAGACAUACCAAUGGUAUAUUGACGUCUUGUGUGAGUGACAUCUUGUACCAACUUGACAAACUAACAACAUUGUUACAACCUGUUGGCAAACUUGUUGCAAGUCUGUUCGGUGUUGACAAGAUGUGAGAUAUUUGUGUGUAUGUACAGUAGCUAACGUUGGCAGCAAAGUUUGCAUGAACUGGAAAGAUAACUCCAAUGAAUACGUCCUAUUACUGCAUGGUUGAUGCAAACUAUUCGAAGCUAGAAAAUUGCCGUUAUUGGAAAAUUGCACUUUCAGAAGGUCUAGGGAGUGCUUUGAGAAUUGAGGUGUGGGCUGUUAGCCUUUCUCACACCGCCAUUUUUGGGGUACUUUUUGCCAAUCCUGCGAGUGUAACACCACGUAACAUUUUAUCAUUUGGUGGGUAUAUGAUGGUAAAUUUACUCUGUAAAUAGUUAGUUCAGGCCUUAAAAUAUCGGUCGGUCACGGACAUUGUCCGACCCAUUCAUCAAAUUGUCCGACGUAGAAAGGAAACCACCGGACAUUCUGUCCGACCUAAGUGAAACUCAGAUUUAUUGUUUGUCCGACCCGAGUGUAUUGGUGUCCGACCGAACUGUAGCUUUGUCUGACGCUUUCUCCACGCACAUAAAUCAAAAUGUACCCCAGUCCAGGACCAGAGUUUGUAUAAAAAUGGACCGAAAAUGUUGCGGGGCGGCGAGUGAAAUGGUGAGGUGGAAAACGGGCUUAAGUUAUCGAAGUCCGGCGUACUGCUAUCAUUGGCAAGCAAGUUAAUUUUGGCUUGGAAAUAAGUAUGAAUGACACAAAUUAUUUAAUAUCUUCACAACAUUUAGUUCAGAAUGAAUACAUUAUGCUGAUAUUAAUUUGCGUCAUUCAAACUUAUUUCCGACCCAAACUGAACUGAAGUCAUUGGACAUAUGUCCGACCCAAACUCAAAGUCAUCGGACAUUUUGUCAGACGGCCCUGUAAAAGAUAUUUUAAGGCCUGUUAGUUUGUUCUGAAAUAUUGCUUUUCACAUUGUUAAUUAUAAUCGUUUACGAAAAAUUACAGUACCCCAAAAAUGGCGGCGUGAGAAAGGCUAAUUCAGUCCAACGUUUUUCUGACUAUUUCACCAAAAUUUGAAGGAACGAACUUAUUUUUUCUAAUCUUGAAAAUUACAAACGUGUGGACCUGUCGAAGCUAUGUAAGGCAUUGUAUAACCCCGUAAAAUUACUUUAAAACCUUCUGUAGAUCUAAAAACUUGUUAUGUACUAAAAGUCCAGGUAUUGUUUUUAUCGUAAGUUUAGUUCUUGCUUUAACUGUUCUUUACUCUAAACGACUAAAGCAAAUUUUGGGAUUUUUUCAGCAGGGGUGGAAAAAAUUUUUUUCUUUCUGGGAACCUGAGUCGAAGGCUAGAAAUUUUCUGUAAAAUUUGCAAUGUUACAAUUACAAAAAUAACAAAACAAAUGUAUACUUAUUGUAUUAUUUGUACCUGUAGUAAUAAUAGGCUUUAGGCUGGUGUUUUCGUAUGCUCGUACAUCGCAAUAGUUGUCUGUUAUAUACCACAGUUAUGAGUUAUGACCAACUAGUAAGGAUCUAACGCUUAACUAAGUGUCCUAUCAUCUUAUUUAUUCCAUCACUUUUAUUUGUUUACUAUUUAAUUUGCAUUUUAUUGGAGACUUUGCAGAGCAUAUAUUUACCAUUUUACCUCAUUGUGAUGGCAGAGGUGGGUAAAAGAAUUAAUUUCUGUCAAAUAUUUAAAAGCUGCUGAUGUUAGCGUGUUCAGUGUACGGUGUAAAGUAGAAUAGUUGUAACUUGUAAGUUGAGUAAACAGAGUUAUCUCAAAAUGUUGAAAUAUUUUCUGGAAAAUUUUCUGCACAACUCUCAACUCAAAAAAAUUUCUGGGACCUAGGUUCCCAGGUUCCGAUACUUUUUCCACCCCUGUAAUUUCCAGUUGUUUGAUAGCUACACUUUAAGAAAACCCCUUUAAUAAUUUGAUUUACUUGUUCUAAUAACGUUAUCCAAUGCAUAGGUCGACGAAAAGACUGUUUCCACUCUGCCAUCAAACUUCUUCGUCAACAAUCUCCUAGCAACAAUGGCACUGACAAAUGACAAGCCCUCUGCGAAGAAGAUUGUUUGUGAUAACUGUGACAGUGAAGAUCCUGCUCAAGGUCGUUGCAAUGAAUGUGGAAUAUUUCUUUGUCAAUAUUGUUCCGAGUUUCAUAAACGAUCUCGGCCAACGAAACACCACGAGCUGGUGACCAUGGAGCAGUUGAGAUCCAAUGCAGGUCCACAGAACAUUGCUGAGAAGAUGCGAUGUCCCAAACACAAGGACGAAGUCAUCAAGUUGUUUUGUAAAACAUGUCAAACAACCAUCUGCAGAGAUUGCACCAUCGUUGAUCAUCAGGGGCAUAAAUAUGGAUUUGUUGAAGAAGUCGCUGUCGAAGAAAAACGUCAUUUGCAAAGCAAUCUUAAUGAAGUAGAGCAAAGAAAAGGAAGAAUUGCACAGGGAAUUGUGAAUCUGAAGAAAUUUAAUGAAGGUCUGGAGGCUAAGAAGACGUCAACUGUCUCACAAAUCAGUCAGCACUUCGAUCAACUUUUGAAAGCUGUGGAAUCUCGGAAAAGAGAAAUGAUGGAAAAAGCGACUUUAAUGACGAAUUCGAAACAAAGGCAGAUUCAUACACAGUUAGAGGUCUUAGAAAUGGCUUUAGCAAGUUGUGAAAGCAGCAUCGAGUUUACAAAGCAAGCGUUCAAGAAUGGCAACGAUAUUCAAAUAUUGAGCAUGGAGAAGUACAUUUUGCAGUCUUUGGAGCAGCUGAAAACAGUUAAAGACCAAACGAAGCCUUGUGUCACUGAAGACAUGGUAUUUAUCAUACCUUCGUCGGUGCAGGAAACAAAGAAAACGCUGUUAACAAAAUAUGAUGUUGACGUUGCUGUCGCAAACCCUGCAUAUUGCCACGCUUCCUUCAAGGAAGAAGAACAAGUGUUUGAUGCUGGGAAACCAUACUUCGUAACAUUAAUCUGUCACGACAAAAAUAACCGAAGAUUAAGGUACGGAGGUCAGGACAUCAAACCGUCGUUCACUGGAAUAGAGGUCAGUGAUGUUGCUGUUACUGAUAAUAAAGAUGGUUCCUACACUAUCAGUUUUUGUCCUCGUCAGGAUGGCAUGUUGAAGUUCGAGGUAUCCAUCAAUGGAACGCCUGCUCCAAAUUGUUCUUUGACAAAACAAAUGAAUUGGGUUAUAAGUGAUGCUCAUGGUAAAGGUGUUAUCACCAAUGGUGGACGUACAAUGAAUGGUGAGGGUCGCAAGGGUGAAUACUGUUGGAGAGUCGGCGGAUGUUACUUUGGUUCUGGAGUUCACACGUGGAAAGUUCGAUUGUAUAACAAUGAUUGCUACAAUCAAUCCAGUGCAGAAGUUGGAAUCAUCGACUAUGACGAAAUUAAUGCAGAAAUUACUGAAAGCAAAAAGAGGAGUGUUCCUAAUGCGAAAACUGCUAAAAGCAAAAAGAGGAGUGUUCCUAAUUGUUUUAAUGCAGAUAUUGCUCACAGCAUAAAGAAGUGGGUUCAUAACGUUCCUGCCCAAAGAGGCCAGAAUAUUGAUAUAUCCUUCACUUUGGACAUGGAAGAAAGAACAUUGAACGUCAUGGUUGUUAAUCCGAGAUAUUUUAACUCUAGUGCUUCUAACUAUGAGUUCACUGCACGUCGCGUUUUACCUUUCUUUGCGUGCAGCUCACCUAGUCUUAGUAUUAGUUUAGUGGAAUGA